GCAUGCUACAGCUACAUGUUUUUGCUUGUAAUCGUCUAACUUUAUCUACUCUCCAACAUUCUUGGAUCCUCUGCCGAUGUCCCAAGCUGCUGCAGAAGGGACAUCUGAUCUCCGAUCUUCACCUCGCCUCUCCCUGGAGCAUAGGCUAGGUGCCUGCUCCAUAUCUGGUGCCCCGCCCAGCAGCACCACAUCCAGCCCUCCAGCUCCCUCCAGGGCAACACAGGCUGCAGGACAUCCAACAUCCAGCACCACAUCCAGCCCUCCAGCUCCCUCCAGGGCAACACAGGCUGCAGGACAUCUAACAUCCAGCACCACAUCCAGCCCUCCAGCUCCCUCCAGGGCAACACAGGCUGCAGGACAUCCAACAUCCAGCACCACAUCCAGCCCUCCAGCUCCCUCCAGGGCAACACAGGCUGCAGGACAUCCAACAUCCAGCACCACAUCCAGCCCUCCAGCUCCCUCCAGGGCAACACAGGCUGCAGGACAUCCAACAUCCAGCACCACAUCCAGCCCUCCAGCUCCCUCCAGGGCAACACAGGCUGCAGGACAUCCAACAUCCAGCACCACAUCCAGCCCUCCAGCUCCCUCCAGGGCAACACAGGCUGGAGGACAUCCAACAUCCAGCACCACAUCCAGCCCUCCAGCUCCCUCCAGGGCAACACAGGCUGCAGGACAUCCAACAUCCAGCACCACAUCCAGCCCUCCAGCUCCCUCCAGGGCAACACAGGCUGGAGGACAUCUAACAUCCAGCACCACAUCCAGCCCUCCAGCUCCCUCCAGGGCAACACAGGCAGAAGACUUAAGAAGGAUCCGUUCGGAAUUUGUGCAGAGAGUUUCCAACCCAGUUAUCCAAGGUCUCCUGGAUGACCUUUUUGAGCAUCGAGUGUUCAGUACUGAGGAAAGGACGUCUGUGACUCAGGACAGGACAAACACAGUAGACCGGGCACGUUGGGUGAUCGACACGGUGAUGGCGAAAGGGGAGGGACCAAGUCGGAUAAUGAUCGAUUGCAUGUUGAAGAGGGACAGGCACUUAUGCAUUCACCUGGGGCUGAUCGCUUCUGAUGCUAUGGAUCUGAAGUGACCUGAGGAGGAUAAACUGGCUUGAUUCUUGUGGAAUGAAGAAAGCCCCAACAUUGUAUACACUACAUGUCCUGGAUAAGAGGCAUGAAAUAAAAGA